UUCCCAUGAUGCGUGUUGAUGAGUCACCAUCCAUCCAUCCAUCCGUCCAUCCACCCGUCCAUCUUGGAUGUCCUCAUCCCUUCAAAACGACUCAUCCAUGUAAAGCCGACGACUGACUGUCCACUACACAUCGCAUCGCAUGCCCACAGCUCGCUAAUUAACUCACGCAUUGCCCUUGCUUGCGGCCCCUCCCCCCGUGUGACACCCCUCGCCACACGUCUACCUGGGCGUCUCUCACUGACGCCAGCAGUGCCCCCCUCCCACCCGCCGUGAAGCCAUACACCUUCAACACGAUCUUCCUGAACACACACACAGGAGGAAUACAACAAGAAAGUGAUGCAUCGCCUGCCUAAGGUGUCUUUGCAAGUGCGCGCCGUACCUCCCUUUGAUGCCCGCAGGGUUUGCCUCGCACCUCAGGAGCUCGGUGUCCAUCCCGAACUUGCUCCUGGCCAGCCGGACGAAGCGGGCGUCGCUCUUCCACCGCCGCUCCAUGCCCAGCAGCACCACACACCGGGGGUUGGCGCGAAAGAAGGCGCUCACGGUCGUCAGCAGCGGCUCGUACAGCCGCGGCCAAUACACGAGGUCGCUGCCCAGCAGCACGUCCACGUCGCCGAACGCCGACACGUCGGUGUCGCCCCACUCGCACGCCCUCGCCUCGAUGUGCCCGCCUCGGUGCUGUAUGAGCGACCGGUUGGCCUCGACAGUGGGCGAAGUGAUGGCAUCCACCACAGACGCGAGGUCCGUCACGCACACCGAUGUGGCGCCGCUGAUGGCUGCCGCCACGCCCACAAGACCGCACCCGCAGCCGAGCUCGACAAUCCUCUUGUUCUGGACCAGAGUGCUGCGGACGGGAUCUGACGAGAUGAAGCGGAUCAGGGCGUUGGACGCUCGCGGCCACAGGCGAUAGCCGAUACCGAGCGCUGGAUUGGUCAAGAGCCGCACCCACACGCCGCCCCUCUCUGGCGCAGUGCAAGGUUGAUCGUCGCCAUCUCGCUGCUCCUCACGGACGAACCGCUGAGGCGAGGUGUUGGAUGCUGGUGGGGAGGGAGGGGGCAUUCCCGUGUGGCCGUUCGUAUGCCCGUUGACCACCGGCCGCCCCCGAUGGUCAUUCAGAUAGCGUGGCCGAGAUGCGGGCUGCCUCCAGCCGUCGUCAGCAGAGUCCGGCAGCUGGAGCCUCACGUCGACAACCUCGUAGGCUCCCUCCUUGCCCGGCCAUCUCAUGUCCAACUCGGGAACAACAGGCACUGCCGCAUCGCGCCUCAGCUCCUGCUCGCUGUCUGACGAAUCAGAGAACCAAUCAUGCCUAUCUUGCGGCGCUGUCGGCGCUUCAGGAGCGUCAGAGGGCAGCUCUUGUGUGGCCGCUUGAGGAGGGACGCAGGGGCAUGCUGGAAGCCGACUCGGAGGUGACCCGCUGCAGCCAUCGCUGUCGGAAGAGUCGCACGUCAGCCCGAUGGAAGCGAACAUCAUGACACCAUCUGAAGCCGAUAAAUGGCUGCACCUUUCGCCCGUUGCUUGGCGGACGCGCCUGCGACUUCUUCUU